UUCCAAUCCCCUCCAUAUCAUGUGAUUCAGGUGUUCCAAUCCCCUCCCAAUCAUGUGAUUCAGGUGUUCCAAUCCCCUCCAUGGCCACAGGUGUAUACAAUCAAGCCCCUAGGCAUGCAGACGGCUUCUACAAACAUUGGUGAAAGAAUGGGUCGCUCUCAGGAGCUCAGUGGACUCCAAGCGUGGUCCCGUGAUAGGUGGCCACCUGGGCAAUAAGUCCAUCCGUGACAUUUCCUGGCUACUAAAUAUUCCACGCUCAACUGUUAGUGGGAUUAUAACAAAGUGGAAGCAACUGGGAACAACAGCCACUCAGCCA